UGUGACGUAGGAGGAAGGAGACGCCAUUAGAGGGAGGAGGAGGAGGCCGAGUGCUCUUCGCCUUUCCUCCGGUUCCUGACGUGGUGGCUUGGGCCCUUCAUUCUCGGACUUUGCCUGGGUUCUCCCAGGCCUUGCUGUGAGGAGAGAGCGGAGGCUGUGCCGGGGUUGGCGGCCCUGGGCGGAGGCGACUGCGCGGGCUGCGGCUGGGAAGGCGCUGUCGCGACUUGGGGGAGCUCUGCGCGGCUCUCGGGCUUGGGCGGCGGGCAGGCGGCGGGAUGGCUGCGGCCGGCGGCGGGGCGGCGGCGGGCCGAGCCUACUCGUUCAAGGUGGUGCUGCUUGGGGAAGGCUGCGUGGGGAAGACGUCGCUGGUGCUGCGCUACUGCGAGAACAAGUUCAACGACAAGCACAUCACCACUCUGCAGGCAUCUUUCUUAACGAAGAAGUUGAAUAUUGGUGGGAAAAGAGUAAACCUUGCCAUCUGGGAUACAGCAGGUCAAGAGAGAUUCCAUGCAUUGGGUCCAAUUUACUACAGAGAUUCAAAUGGAGCUAUUUUAGUUUAUGAUAUAACAGAUGAAGAUUCUUUUCAGAAGGUAAAAAAUUGGGUCAAAGAAUUACGGAAAAUGUUGGGAAAUGAAAUCUGUUUAUGUAUAGUUGGUAAUAAGAUAGACUUGGAAAAGGAGAGACAUGUUUCCAUUCAAGAAGCAGAAUCGUAUGCAGAAUCUGUGGGAGCAAAACAUUAUCAUACUUCAGCCAAACAGAACAAAGGAAUUGAGGAACUCUUUCUUGACCUUUGUAAACGGAUGAUAGAAACAGCACAAGUUGAUGAGAGGGCAAAAGGCAAUGGCUCCAGUCAACCAGGAGCUGCAAGACGAGGUGUACAAAUAAUUGACGAUGAACCUCAAGCUCAGAGCAGUGGUGGAGGGUGCUGUUCUUCUGGAUAGCUGUUCACACUGAAGAAACUGAAAAACAAAACAAAACUGUGGAUCAUUGCCCUCAACAUGAAGACUGCCAUAUUCCAAGUCACAUUAUUCUACCAAUGGAGUUAUAGAAUUAACAGUAUUUUAAAUUACGUUUAUAACACUGCAGAGACCUUAAGUGCUAAACUUAGUGGAGUUUGUGACCAGAGAAUUGGCAUUUUCUACAGAAGUUAACAAAGCAAUUACCAAUGGCCUUUUUACAUACUUUUUCUUUAAUGAGGAAUAAUAUGCAUGUAGAAAAGACCUACUUAAAGGCUUCAUUUAUAUUCUUUUAAAUCAGAUCUUUAUUUAAUAACUUAUAUAUGUUGUUGGAAUGGUAUACAUUUUUUCAGCCCUUUGUAUUUUGUGGUAGUUUGAAUUGUAUCACUUCUAAACAGCAAA